UUAUAUUGCAUUCAUUUGUAUUUUUUCACAGGAAAAACUAGAUGAGCUCUAUAGUAGCAAUCCUGCUUCUAGGAUGACCGGCAUGGAUGAUGCCCUUACAGAGUUGGUUGGUUCUGACAAUAAAGGGCGAAUGCGGGGUCUAGGUUGCUCAAUAAGCAAGGUAGGACUGAAGAAGUCAGCCCCUGCUCGUUCAAAGGUAGAGAAUGUGACAAAAGAAAAAGAGAGCGUAACUCAAGAGUUAUCUCAGGUGAAGAAAAAAUUGGAUGGUAUGACUCAAGAUAUAGUUGAGAUGAAGAAAACAUUGGUGGAUAUGCAGAAAGAUAGACAGUAUACUCAAAAUCUCUCAUCACCAACAGUCGCUAAAUCUACUCAGGCAUCGUCGCCGGAUAUUAUAUAUAUCGGUAAGAGAUGCGACUUGCUUGGUUUUAAAAAACGUGGUGUAGUUGCUCAUGGUGAAGUAUACGAAGUUAAUCCAAAUGCAAUUGUCCAUUGCGAGCCGUUGGAUGAUGGAGCCUUUGUUGUUGUCCUGACUGAGGUUAUACAACCUCACGCUCCUUUGUGGAAAGAAGAUGGGUUCGCAUCUACACUUGGAGAGGCCGGUCCAGGAUCAUUUGUGCAAUGGGGGAAAGAGGCUUUGAGAAUUCAAUAAUUUGAACAAAUUUGGUACUGUAUAAUUGAACAUGUGUUGUGUGCAUUUUGAACUAAUUUUGAACUUGUUGUGUGCAUUUUGAACUAAUUUUGAACUAAUUUGGCACUUAUUUUUUU